AUGAGUUUAAGAAAUCCCAACCGAGAAACCAAAGAUUGUAACAGUGAAGAUGAAGUGUCUCAAAGCGAAACCAUUGAUUCAGGUUGCGUGUCAGACUCGUCGGAUUCCUCUUUGGAUAUUGUGAGUCAAUUUGUGAACAAAGAGAGUAAUGAUGAUGAGAGUGAAGAAGAAAAUUUAAAUCUUGAUCGGAAAUUCGCCACCAAAGUUAUGAGUGAUUCUGGUUUUUUCUCGGACGGCCCAAGUAAGGAAACGGAAUUAAGUGGCAAAGAAUCCGAAAGCGAUGAAGGAAAAUCUUUAUAUCAUUUAAAUGAUCCCACGUUAAAAGCAGAACUCAAUGAGAAACCGUCAACAAGUUGGAGCGAAGCUUAUCAACAAAACGAUGAUGGUAAUACGAAAUUGCAUCUGGCCUGCGUUUCGUUUGAUAUAAAUAUGAUUAAAACGCUAUUAUUUAUUGCUCCUCAUCCUUGCCUUUAUAAUACACUUAACUAUGAUUGUCGCACACCGCUACAUUUGGCCACUCUUGCGCAGCGACCAAAAAUAUUAAGGGCAUUAUUAUUAGCAGGAGCUAGCCCUACUAUAUGUGAUCGUCAAGGUAAUACUGCUUUACAUCUUGCCUGUAGAUCGGGUGUCGAAGAAAGUGUUCUCGCCAUAAUUGCACCAUUUAGUGAAGACGAGGUAGCGGAGUUUUCACGCGACAACAUUAAUCAUAACGUUUCCACUUGCAUUUCAAAAGUGUUAGAAAUGCGUAAUUAUAACGGUGAGGGUUGCGUGCAUCUCACCGCUAAAUUGGGCUUUAUAAACAUUUUACGUCUCCUCACUUCGCACGGAGCUGACAUUAACUCUCGAGAAUACAAAUCUGGUCGCACACCGUUACAUAUUGCUAUCGAGAGCGGAAACGAAUUAUUAGCCAAUUUUUUGUUAGAUGAAUGUGAAGAAAUUGACUUAGAAGUAAGAACUUUUAGCGGCUUAACACCUUAUCAACUGUCAUCACAGUUCAGGAGAACAGCAUUACAAAAUAAGUUAGUAACACUCGGAGCCGAAAUCUUGUCAGCAUCAGACAGCGAUGACGACAGUAAUGAAACAGAUUCCGAUUCAGAUUCAGAAACGGACGACGCAACGGAUAACGUUACCGAAUCUUCUCGUUUCCCCAUUUUCACAAAUGGCCGUAUCGAAAUGGCGGACGGUUCAAUAGCUGGACCACUCUAAAUCAAUUAUUUCGACGUACUACAUUUCAAGGAUACAAAGUACUUUUGCUACAUUUUUUUUGCAAAUUCAAUUUUAUAACUUGCAAACGAACUCAUACUCAUAAUAAUAAAU